AUGGCAAUUCAGCCGAUGAGCAGCGCAGAUAUUACUGCUAUAUCAGAUGGCGAUAGCAAUGCUCGAAAAUGUGUUGUUAUCAAAAAGAAAAAAAUUGGAGACGACAUGGAGAAAAUUGAAAUGCGUUUUGUCUCAUACAACAAAAUAGUAAAGGGAUCGAAGGCGUCGCACAUUGAUAUAAUCACUGAAGCGUCUUCAUACUUGAAAGAAAAAGCGAAAGAGAUUGAUUAUCAAUCAUCGCAUACUCCGAAUGGCUCGUGUCGAACUGAGAAUUCGGAAUCGAAACCGAGCGCCACCGAAAAAGACAAAAGGAAACUUUGCCUAUGUAUUCCAGUCUUGACAAAACUUCGCACAAGUUUUGAUGAUUUGGAACAAGAUAAAAAGGCAAGCAAUCAUACAAGACGACAAUGUGGAACCCUUAAAGCACUCAUUGAUGAGAUUCUAUCUGAAGCAGCGUAUACCCUUGAUAAUGGCCACCCUGUUCAUCAGGAUUUGCUGAAGAAGGUCCAAAAUAUUAAUAACUUGGCGAGGAAGGUGCUAAUGAAAGGAUCAACCGUUGAGACUUUGGUUCAAGAUGAGAAUGAACUCGCCGUUUCAAAGUCGAGAACAAGUCCAUCGAGACUUUGA